ACAGGGAGCUUUUGUGAUAUGGAGUUCUUAUAAUAACUAUGUUCUUAAUUAUCUCACUUUUGUUCACGUGUUUAACUUCUGAUAUGUGCACUUAUCUGUAUCAUUUUGUGUCUUUCUUAUAGUUCGUUCUCAUUCUUCAGAUUUACUUCUUUAUUUGGUGAGUUUUUAAAACACCAAUUCAACCUUUUGUCUUGUUCUCUGUUCAUUCACAGCUGUGUAAUUGAAAUUUUCUUCGUUGUUUGAGUGACUCCGGUGUUCUUUCAUGAAAGCUUAGCUCUGCUCUGUUUUCAAAAACUGGGAGAUUGAAGUUCAUUUUCACAGCGAGGCGAUUAAUCAGAGAAGAAUCCCUCAUGAAUUUUAAAGUCAGUGGAGAAUGCUUCACGAGUUUUUUGUUUGUGUAAUUUCAAGCUUUUAAUUUAGCCUGCUGAUGAAAAACCCCUGCUCACUCUCUCUUUAUUCAACAGGAGACGCUCUCUCAUUGUUUUAUUCCCCUAUUGUUUUGAUAUUUUGAUUCUGCUGCAUUGCGUUUUGGUUAAUGGAUUGCAUUAAAAAAACAAAAAACAAAACAAAAAACAAAAAGCCUAGUCAGCUAUUCUGCCCAUGUGUUCUUCCAUGCCAGCAACAAUCAACAGUGUCAGUGCCAUGUCAGCUCUAUCUGCCACGUCAUCACGCCUGAGGAUCUUGUAGGACUAACUUUUUUGACAGAACAAAGCCAUACGGACUGAUAGCUAAAGAAAUAAAGUUUUUAUCUUCUAGAAGUCAACACCAUGAAGAGGGCAUUUCCUUGGGAUGAUCAAGUUGAAGUCUCAUCGGAGUCCGAUGAAUCUUCUUCUGGCUCAGAGAUGGAGAUCAGUAACGGGAGUGAUACCAAGGCAGCUAUUGACAUAACAGUAUCUCGCAUUGCCAGAGAUGUACUUUCUGAAGAUUUAUUGAUCAGAAGAGCAGCAAUGUAUCAGGAGUACAUGAAGCAAAUCCCAAUCCCAAGACACCGUGGUUCUGUCAUCCCCUAUACCUCAUGGAUGGGAUUAGGUAGAUCCAUGAAGCAAUUAUAUGGUCAGCCCCUUCAUUACCUCACAAAUGUUCUCCUUAAGCAGUGGGACCAGUUGAGAAUUAACAGUGAGGAUGAAUACAAGCCCUUAGAUGACAUCAUCCAUCCAUGCAAAGCUGAAGCCAACAUCUGGCUUGUCGAAGAAGUCCAUCGGAAGACCACUUCUCAUCUUCAUAUUGCUAAACUCUGGAAGGAGGACCCAAUGCACCAUGCUUUUGUUGAUUCCAUUUUUCCAGCAUUAGAAAGUUCAUCAUGAAGAUAUUUUGUUUACUGGCUACCAAUGAUUUAGCAAAAUGUUUCAGUGUGAGUUUUCCUCCUCAGCUCUUUGUGUGACUUGGUACUUGUUAGCUUAAAUAGGCCAAGAGAGAAGUUUAAUUGUAGCAUAGAUAUCAAAACUACUCUUUGUAAUUCGUUUUUUGGGGGUAAAAUCUCUUUGUAAUUCUGUCGCCAAUAAUCUCUCCUGGGAAAAAAAAAAAAAAUCCUUGCUUGAAAAUAUGAGACCUGUUAUUAUCUCUAACAGUGACCUUUCUUUUU